AUGCAAAGGGGUUUGGAUUCACAAACUAAAAAACAACUGGAAGAGGAAGAAAAGAAGAUAAUUAGUGAAGAACACUGGUAUCUUGAUUUACCAGAUCUAAAGGAGAAAGAGAGCUUUAUAAUAGAAGAGAGGAGCUUUAUGCCAUGUGAGGAUCUACUUUAUGGCAGAAUGUCCUUCAAAGGAUUCAAUCCAGAAAUUGAGAAGUUAAUGAUCCAAAUGAACUCUAGGUGCAAGGAAGAAGAAAUUGAAGUGGAUGAUAAAAUGGAGGCUGAUGUGUCAGAUGAAGAAAUGGCCAGAAGAUAUGAAACAUUAGUGGGAACAAUAGGGAAGAAAUUCUUGAGAAAAAGAGACCAGCGCGUACUCCAGGAUGAAGAUGAAGAUGGGAAUAGUAACACAAGACCUUACAAAAAAGCUAAGAAAAAGUUCUUAAAACCUCAGGAUUAAUGUCCACUGCACAACUGGAGCUAAUAGAAAUGUUAUCUACCAAAUAUACUACCAUGAACUGGAGAUUGUUUGGAGUUUUUGCUAUGUAAUGUAAAGGAUAGAUUUGUAAAUCUGAGUCUGUUCGCAUUGAAAUUUCUACCAUCCACACAGCAAACAUUUUUCAAAGUGGAUGUGUAUAUAAUGGAUGUCAUACAUCCUUUCCUCUCUCAGCAGCUUUUAAUGUGUGGGGCACUAAUCCCAUCAGCCUUUUUAAAUGUUGUGCAUAAUUAGAUCGAGUGUCACAUGCAGUCGAGAGCAACAUUGUUUACGAUUUAUGAUAACAUCUGAAAGAAGUAUUUAAAGACGAGCUUUGUCCAAUCCAG